AAUAUUUUUCAUACGGGUUAUUAGUCAAAGUAUAUGCAAGAAAAAAAUGGAAAAGUUUGGGAUAUAUCAUCGUGCAUGGUUGGUCAUUAUGUGUGUAUCUUUUGAUUUUGACUUGUCUCUCCAUUAAUUAGAGGUUUCACGAUCUUCUUCCUCCAAUCUUUUUCCAGGAAAAGUCAUUAUGGCUGAGUCUGCAAGCAACACCGCUUCAAAAAAGCUCAUUCAAAUCGACGUAAGCUCGGAUUCGGUGUGUCCAUGGUGCUUUGUAGGAAAGAAGAAUCUUGACAAAGCUAUUGAAGCAUCUAAAGAUCAAUACAACUUCGAGAUUCGAUGGCGUCCGUUUUUCCUUGAUCCAUCUGCACCUAAAGAAGGUGUGAGUAAGAAAGAGUUUUAUCUACAGAAAUAUGGAAACAGAUAUCAAGGAAUGUUUGCAAGAAUGUCCGAGGUCUUUAAAGGUCUUGGCUUAGAGUUUGACACAGCUGGUCUCACAGGAAACAGUCUGGAUAGUCAUAGACUUAUACAUUAUACCGGUAAACAAGCGCCGGAGAAGCAACAUACACUUGUUGAGGAACUGUUUAUCGGUUACUUUACGCAGGGAAAGUUCAUCGGUGAUAGAGAGUUUUUGGUAGAGACGGCUAACAAGGUUGGGAUAGAAGGAGCAGAAGAAUUCCUCUCAGACCCCAACAAUGGAGUUACAGAGGUGAAAGAAGAACUGGCAAAGUAUUCGAAAAAUAUCACCGGAGUUCCAAAUUACACUAUCAAUGGGAAGGUGAAGCUGAGUGGUGCGCAACCGCCCGAGACAUUCCAGAGUGCGUUUAAAGCGGCCUCGGCUUGAAACACAAUCAGUGUACUCAAGAGUUGUUGAAGUUUUACAUCUAUGGAGAUUCUCUGUUUCUGUUGUUUGAGCUUUAAGUUAUUGACUUUUCAAAGAAGUUGGUGUAAUAAGAUUUUUCUUUAUUGGUUUGUCUAAUAAUUCAGAGAAGUUGAUUUCAAGCACUCUUCUUCUUCUUGCUCUGAUCUCAAAACAAUGUUCUAGAUAACAAUUUUUUGAAUGAUUCAAACUACUUUUCCUUCC